GGAUUUUUCAUCCCCUUCCUCUCGGCGACAAGAACAACAACAACACAAAAAAACUCAAAACCAUCGCGAACAUCGAAGAAUCAUCUCUCAACAAUUCUCCGUAAGUUUCCAUCAUCUUCUUCUUCCACUCUCUCAAUCUCGUGCUUCGAUUGCGUAAUUUCGAUUUUGUUCUCCCGAUCUGAACUUAUUCGUUCGUAAUUUUGUUCACGGAAAAAAAAAUUGGUGGAAUCAUUUCUCUUAGAUUACGAGAUAUCUCUGUGAUUUGGUCGUUUUUUAUGUCGAUUAGAGAAAAUUAAUUGGUGUAUCUCUCAUUCUCAGCUCUAUGAGAGGCUUGAUUCGUGUGUAUAGCAAUUGAAUUUGGGCAGGACAUCACAAUUUCAUUGAAGUUUGAUUUUUAGUCAAAAUUCAUUUCUUAGUUUUGAUGAUAUUUUAGAUAGAAUCUUUAUCAUUGAUCUAUCUUUGGGAUUGUUAUUAUGAACUCAUUGAAAUUUAGUUUUUUGUUCUUUUAGGAUAAUUCUUUGGACUGAUGAAUUAAAGGGAAACGCUGAGUGUAAAUCAUACAACAGUUCUAAGUCGUGAAAACAAAAAAAAGAUGGCUUGUAGAGGUUGUUUGGAGUGUUUGUUGAAGUUACUCAACUUUCUCCUGGCUGUUGCUGGACUUGGCAUGAUUGGUUAUGGUAUCUAUUUAUUCGUUGAGUACAAGAGAGUUACCGAUAAUUCUGUUACAUUCGAUUUGACUAAUGGAGAUCAAAGUUACGUUUCGUUUGGGAGGCCUAUUCUUAUGGCUGUGUCACUGUCUUCUAAUAUCUUUGACAAUCUUCCCAAAGCGUGGUUCAUAUACUUGUUCAUUGGUAUUGGUGUGGCUCUCUUUGUUAUUUCUUGCUGUGGCUGUGUUGGUACUUGUUCGAGGAGUGUCUGCUGCUUAUCUUGCUACUCUCUUCUUCUGAUCUUGUUGAUCUUGGUGGAGCUUGGAUUCGCAGCAUUUAUUUUCUUCGAUAACAGCUGGAGAGAUGAACUUCCUUCUGACAGGACUGGAAACUUCGAUACGAUAUAUAAUUUCCUUAGAGAGAACUGGAAGAUUGUAAGAUGGGUAGCUCUAGGAGCAGUUGUUUUCGAGGCUUUACUCUUCUUGCUUGCCCUUAUGGUCAGGGCAGCUAAUACACCAGCAGAGUAUGACAGUGAUGAUGAAUAUCUUGCUCCAAGGCAACAAAUCAGGCAGCCAUUCAUCAACCGCCAAGCCGCCCCUGUCACUGGUGUCCCAGUUGCUCCUACUUUGGACCAACGCCCAAGCCGCAGUGACCCUUGGAGUGCACGUAUGAGGGAAAAGUAUGGGCUUGACACAUCUGAGUUCACAUACAAUCCCUCAGAGUCACACCGGUUCCAGCAAAUGCCAGCGCAACCAAACGAAGAAAAGGGCCGAUGCACCAUCAUGUGAGUCCAUUUUAAAAGUCUUGAAGAGUUCAGUUAAUUCUCUUUUCCUGUGUCUUUAUUAUUUCUGCGUGUAACAAUCAAGAGUGUCAGUAAAAGUAGGAUUCUUGUUUCUGGGUUGAUGAUGACUCUAGCAUUUGAGAUCUCUAAUCAACCUAGUCACGGUCUCAAAACUCAUUUGUUGUGUCUGUGUAGUCUUUUGUAAGGAUUCACCAUUAUGAAUAUUCAUCUUGGUUCCCAGUCUGAUCCAGUCCUAUGUUUCUUAUUAUAUAUAAAAAAUUCACUUUCUUCAUGUUA